AUGUCAACUGGCAAAAAGGACUAUCUUGUCCAAGCCCCCAUCAAUCCAUCCGCUCUCCAAGCCUGGGCUUCAAAUCGCGCUGCACACGCGGCGCACUUGAAGCCUUAUAUCCUCGACGGGACCAUUGUAUUUGGAGGACCAACGCUCGUUGCACAUCCCAAGAGUUCCGAGGACACGAUUGAGGUGCGCAGUAGCGUGUUAUUGUUCCGAGCAAGUACAGAGGAUGAGGUUCGGGAAAUCAUAGAGAAGAACCCAUUCGUCGACGCUGGGGUUUGGGAUAUGGAGACAGUUGUCAUUGCGCCCUUCAUGUGUGGAGUCAGAACUGCUAUGUAA